AUGCAGUCCUACCUGCACGACCUGCCCUCCACCUACAACCUCGUGAUGCUUGACCUCGUCAGGCGUGGCCGCCUCCUCUACAAGCACAAUGAGGGCCGCCUUCUCGUCAAGAUCUACUUCAAGCGCGCCGGAGAGCCCCUCGAGCUCAAGUCACCGCCGGAUUCGAGGGUGGAGCCCGAGCCUCCACUGGAGCAUGGAUCAGACGUGCAGGAGGUGGAGCUCCGCAUGGAUCAUGACAUGGUCGUCGUGGGGGCAAGGAUCAUCAAGUCUGCAGGCGGCAUCAGGGGAGGUGCAGUGCCAGCUGCUGGACAUGGUUCACCCUGGGUUGCUGCUGAUGCACAAGGUGAAUUUCGAUGCCAAGACGGAGUAUGA